AAUCAUCUCUUUAUAGAAAUAAAAAUCCUAGAAUCCAACAAGCAGAACUUCUCAACGUUAUUCUAGCGUUAAUACUUCAUUCAUAAAACUUGAGGAAGAUUUGACCCUACGCAAUGACUUUCGAAGACAUCAUUACUGGUAUGAGAAGAGGAUGGAGAUUAAUGGAGAUUCCAUAACUGCUCUAGUGGUCAAGAAAGCGAUGCCACAUGAAGAGGAUUUCCAUCCUAAUAGUCUAGUCAUUAUAUUGGGAGGAACCAUGCGAGCUGCACGGAUGACUAUUAAACGCAAAAUAUCAUCUUCAUUGCUCCAAAACACCGCUAGUAAUCAAAACGCCACCGCUGUGAUCAAAGAAGCGCAUAUUCAUCAUGAAGGAGUGGAGCAUACAAUGAUGACGGUGGGAACACAUUAUUGA